AUUUUGAUUAAAGGAAUACAUCUGAAGUACCAGCAGAAUGGGAUAAGGAAAAAUGCUAGAUUUCAAUGAAGCCCACAUUGCAAAAAGGAAUUUGUCCACUCCUUUCUCCAAACGACUCUCUCACACUAUAAGAUGCCAAACGCCACAAAACUCUGUCCCUGAAAAAUCCUGAAAUCAGAACAGUUUAACUCUGCAAUGAGUAGCUGCAUCAAACUUGAAGUUCAAACAGAAGAUCAAGCCCCUCAGAAAUGGUGCAUUUCAUUAGCAGAAGACGUAUUUAAGAGGUUUCUCUCCCAGGGUUGUCCAACAGUGCAUAAGGUAUUUGGAGAAGGAUCAUUAUUUAGUCCCUUGUUGUUUGGGAAAUUCUUUGAUCCGUCAGACGCCUUUCCUCUGUGGGAUUUUGAAUCAGACAGCUUAUUAUCUAAUUUAAGGCACUCAGGCAAGAGCACAGUUGAUUGGUUUCAGACAGACCACGCUUAUGUACUUAAAGCAGAACUACCAGGAGUGGGGAAAACUAAUGUACAAAUCCAUGUUGGAAAAGGGAAAAUUGUUGAAAUUAGUGGACAACUAAAGCAGCAAAGAGAAUUCAAGACAAAGGAUUGGAGAAGCUGCAAUUGGUGGGAAUAUGGAUAUGUUAGGAGGCUUGAGCUGCCUGAAGAUGCAGAUUGGAGAAGAAUAGAGGCAUCCAUGAGCACCGACGUGCUUCUAGAGAUUCGAGUUCCGAGAAAUCCUUUGCAUACUGAUCAAACUCCUGAUGAUGCAGUUGGCGAAAAUUCAGAAUGAAUGUAGAACAAAUAACACAAACUUGCUGAGAACAUGAUAAUCUUGACAUAAAGAAAAUUUUUGUGUGAUAUUAAAGCAUGACAGACCGUGUAAGAAUAUGUUUAGAUCACAAAUAUUUGGUAUCAGAUGGCAGAUAUAGGCCUGAUAAUUGAUCUGAAAUGAAUUACAGAGAAGAAAGAUCACAGUGUUUAUGGCAGACAAGCUGUUUGAAACCAUUAAGGACUACUUCAUGAGCAUCGCCAACCACCUAAACGAUAAAUCAUGUGCUUGAAAAUCUAAAGAUUUGGUCAGAAUCUUCAACGAUGAAAUAUGCAUCAAAAUUAUUGAGAGCUUGCUAAAACAGGAUUUCGAACAAUGCCAUACCUCAGCAUGAAAUUUCUAACCAAUUGAAAGCAUGACUUCCUUUAUAUUUAAGGAAACAUUAUCAUAUAAAGAGCUACAUGAACCCGACGUAAAUAAGCCUGUUUGGACUGACCUGAAGGGGGAUAUACUUGGCAAAAACGGGGAACCCUUUGCCGCAUAGUUAAAAAAAAAAAAAAAAAAGCUAAAUGAAGUAAAAAAAUGUAGUGCAAACUAGAAAUUAAUCAACCAUUUACUAUGUUUUGGAUCUGAGAAAUUGAAUCUUUCCAGCCUUUUCUGCUAUGCAGCAGCAGAAUUCUUCAUUUUCA